AUGGACGUGACGUCACCGCUGCUGAGGAGGCGGGUUUAUUGGUUCAUUCAAGACUACAGGGAGCUGGUGCUGGAGCAGCAGGCUGAUGUGUCCCUAAAGAGCCUGUUCGAGCAGGUGCGCCCUACAGGUGAAGCAGUGGACAGUGCGUGUGGGUACUUCCUUCAGGAGUCACUGUUGGUUUCUGUGUGCACCAGUUGCUGGACGGAGGAGUGGACUGGGACGGAGGAGUUGGAGGACGCGCUGGUGGCCGUUCUUUCUUUUGGCGUCUCGUUGCAGGGUUCCUUUGGGGGAACCUGCAUUUUAAGGGCGGGGCCGACACAGAAGGGCACUGGCAUCCGCUUUGAGAGCCGUGGAGGAACACCAGCGGCCAACGCUCUGCAAGACAUCAAACAGAAGAAGGAGAGAAGAGGAAUGGACGGGAGGAGGGGGGCGGUUCUGCUGCUACGGUGA